UCUUAUCCAAUUACACCACCAUCGCCCCUUUGUGUUUCUUUCUAAUUACUCAUAUAACAACAAUGGUGGCGUCUUCGCUAUGUCUAUUGAAUGCUCCUGUUUGCCCUCACUCUCUUCCUAAUGUCUCGUCGCAGCCACUCCUCUCUUUCUCCCGUUCCCUCAGGCCAUUCGUUUCCAAGUCCAAACCUUUGGCCUCGCAGGAGAAGAAGAGAGACAACUCCGGACUAGUCGUGGUGGUGAAAUCACAGGCUCUUGACUUCUCAGGCACUUUCUUUGAAGGUGGAUUCGGCUCCGACGAUGACCCCACUUCUCCUUCCGUCUCUACUGCCCUUGAGGACAAACCCGAGCCUCAGUGCCCACCUGGCCUCCGACAGUACGAAACUAUGGCCGUCUUGAGACCCGACAUGUCUGAAGAUGAGCGCCUUGGUCUCACCCAGAAGUACGAAGAGUUGCUUGUGGCUGGGGGUGGAAUGUAUGUGGAAGUUUUCAACAGAGGAGUGAUUCCAUUGGCUUACAGCAUCCGAAAGAAGAACAAAGCUGGAGAGACUAACACUUACUUGGAUGGCAUCUACCUUCUUUUCACUUAUUUCACCAAACCUGAAUCCAUCACUCCCCUCGAGUCCGUUCUCACUGCCGAUGACGACGUUAUCCGAUCUUCUUCCUUCAAGAUCAAGAAGAGGAAGUACAACUAAAAGAAACCAUCAACAUUAUGUCUUUGUAUGUGACCAAAGUUAGAUUCUUUCUUUUUUCUCUGUUUCUUUCCAACAAACUUACAAAAGUAAAUCUAUCUUUAUUUGAUUAUGUGUUUUGUGUAUCUUUUUUUCUUCUUGUGAAAUGCUCUGUUUUCAUGUGUUACAGAGUGUGAGAAACUCUAAUGCUUGAGAAGCAUGCAUGA